AAAUAUCUUUUUCCGGUCAAGGGAGCCGAAAACGGUAAACACUACCUGGGUACCAAAUACCAAACACCUCUACUAGAGAUCUAAUAAACCUCAAGAAUCUAGAUAUUUAGAUCUGCGCUUUGUCUAAACUGAACUUUACGAGGCCAAUGAAAAAGAAAGUAGGCUAUGUAAUCUUGGGUCUAGAUCUGGACUCAAGUAGGCCUUGCAGUCAAAUUGUCCUCCCAGGUUUCAAAGACGAGGUGUGAUUUUGUGACCAAGGGAUAAAUGGGCUCCACGAAAGAAUCGCUGAAGCAGUUGGUUGAACGUUUGCGGCUCAGGCCUCAAUCUGUGCGCUGGGAGCAGGAGGAAAUAGUUAUCGUUCGUCGAGGACAAAAUGGGAAACUUGGAUUUUCAGUAUCCACUAUUGAGCUACCUGUAGGAACCACUGCCUGUCUUGUGGAAAAUGUAAAAAAAGAAUGCCAUGUGAGAAGUGGAGAGCUUCAUGUGCGCGACAGGAUUACUCACAUUCGCAACGAGUGCAUCUUCAAGUUCAACAAAAAACAAGUGGAGGAAUUACUCCAGAAACAGGAUUCUGAGAAUUUGAAACUCCACGUUGCUCGUUUUUCAGGCUAUCAGGAUUCCCCACCAAAUGGCAAGAAGACUGGACUUGAGUUCCGCAGGCUUCAUUCCAUCGUGUCUACAGGUAGCGGAUGUGUCUCCAUUGGCUCACAGGACCAGCUGAUGAACGGCAGCAUUCCCAAGGUCAAAAUUCCGCCAGCUGAACCUAGUGCUCCAUGGCAGAAUGGCUUUGGUCACAUACCAGAUUCGGAGCUUCACCACAUCAGAGGGUCUAAUAGUGGGAGAAAUGACAGGAAACCUCCAUCAGGACAUGGCAAGAAAUCCUACAACUACAGCAACCCAUCUGAACCCCAUUCCAGGAGUGCUCCAUGCGACCCCUACCCCGGUAUGUCUGUGACAGACAUCGAAGUCACGAUGAGAGAAGAUGGGAGCAUGACACCGUUGACCCAUGGUAACCCCACUGGUGACAGGACCCCUCCACUUCCCACCAACGAGAGACAAAACUAUUCAGAGAGCCCCAUGUUUCCCCCCAGAUCUCCUACCAAUACAAGACCAGGCCUACCUCCACUCUCUCAUGCUCCUGCGUCCAGUGGCUUCCCCGUCGCAGUGUGUGCGAACCGGCUGUGUGACUCGGAAUCCUGUUUGUGGCAUUACUGUGUACUCAAGUUUCCCCAGUACGUGAUCUGGGAAGACAAAACUAUUGCCAUUGAACUGGAAAAGGGGAAUGCAGCAUCGUUUGGUUUUGAUAGAAAACGCAGAUAUCAUGAGAAAAAGAAGGAGUUAUAUGUCUUGGUGGAGAAGAUUGAUAGGGAUGGUUGUGCUGCGAGCAGUGAUUUGGCUGUAGGAGACUUGAUUCUCUCCAUGAACACCAUUCCUCUGGAUUCUGUUGAGAAGUUAAAAGAAUUAGAUUUCCGGCAAAUGAAUACGCUUCGUCUUCAAGUGCAGCAUCCGAAAGAGUUGUCCAGUGGUGCAGCCAGCCGGGUGGAGCAGAUCAACAUUAUGCACCAGCCUGGCCAGCAGCCAGUUGCUGUAGAGAGAGGAGGAAGACUGCUACCCCCUGAGUCUCCUCCGUCCAGCCCACCUGAUGCCCCCUUUGAACCCUCACCAGGAGAUUUUCCUAUGCAAAGAAUUCCAAGGGAAAUUGAGCCUCGCAAAAAUGUUCUGCCUCAGGUCAGAGUGUUUGUGUUUGGCAGCGGCACCAAUGAGUUUGUACGGUGCAUCUUUGGCGAUGUCAUCAAUAUCCCUUUCGACUCCCGGGCUUCCUACUUCCAAGUGUCUUUGAGGAGACAGCCUAGUGGGGAGGUGAUCACAGACUGUGCCCAGUCAUUCACAUACCUCCUACAGGAAUCCCAAGCCUCGUGCAUCAACGUGCAGUUGAUUUCUGUGUCAGAUGAUAGCUUUUUCCACCACUGCUGCCCUUGGAUGUUCACUUCAAAGUGCAUCUUCAUUUUGGCAUUCGACUACAAGCGCCUGAUCAACUCGGUUGAGUCGGAAAUGCAACGGCUCUUCAGUCUGGCCCACACUGUGCGGACGGGUACUCCGGGCAUAAAUGCUCAUCUGAAACUUUUUGCCCUCAAACCAGAGAAUAUUCAACCAGAAGAGGUGAUGUCUUUGUUCUACACCUCCCCAGCAGUAUCUUUGUUGCCACCACCGGAUGUGAUUCCAGUCCGCGAGGGUACAACGUCCCACGCGGCGAGGACUCGGGCUGAGAUCUUCGACAGCAUGAGGAACAUCUGUGGACUGCAGGAAGUCUGCCUACCAACAGCGAUGGCUCUGGAUAUGCUGGUGAACCAUCAGCAGCUGACCAUGAAUGUGAGAGAUUUGACGGAAACCUUGCAGGAUUGGAAACAAGGAACGUCCUCUUCUAAGCACUCUGUGGUGCAGGUCCUGGAAGAUCUGAGAAACACAGGGAACCUCAUCACUGCAGGUUCUAUGAAUGCACAAUGCUUCACUGAACACAACGAAGAGCUGCUUCUUCCAACAAGGUUCUUUGAGUCUUUGUCACGACUGGCACAGUGCACAGACAGAGACCGGCAGAGCGUGCAGCGGCAGGACAUUUGGCUCCGGCUCAACACCAGCGGCAUUAUCCUAAGGACGCAGAUGCAAGAGUUCCUGGGCGCUGUUGUUGCCUUUUCCGAGAGGCUGCUGACCUCAAUGGAGGACCUGGGACUUAUUUACCCAAUCAACUCUCCCUACGAGGACUCAGGCUUUUCUGACUGUGGUUCUAUGCUAUUUCCCGUCUUUUUGGAAGAUGUGUCUUUUUCUCCGGAGGAGUGUGGUUAUGAGAGGCAUUGGACAUUUGAGUUUACAAGGGACGUUCCGACGUCGUGCUUUUACUGGUUUCUGUCGGAUGUGAGUCGCUGGGAGGAGUAUCAGGAGCUGCACAUGGUGGGGCAGUUUGUUGCUCAUGCCAGGCUGCAGAACUGUGACUUUUAUUUCUGCUUUUUCAAGACUCAAAAGCGCAUCGAGGUGUACUUGAAAAGGGGAUGCCGGCCAUCUGGAAAACCAAGCAUGAGCCAAAGGCUGCAAGAGGUGUUGAGAACUCAGCUUCCCAACAACCAAUGCAUUUUGAGGGAUGACACUCCAACCCCGGGGCCUGUGCGACUGGAUAUAAAUGCUCCGUGGCUACUAAAGGAACAGAAUCCUAGUGAAAGGGAAAAUGAUGACUUGUCUUGGUCACAGAACUGCCCUGGCGUGCUGCAGCCUGGGCCAGCAGACGACAGCCCACCGGUUGGACCGACAGUGCCGCAGCAUACAGGACCCCACGCUAUGGAAGCGGCUGCAGAUUUUGGGAGACUGGAGGAGAGUCAGCUUCGUGUCAUGAGAAUGAGAGUUGGUGAGCUCAGGCACAUCGGGCUGCCUCUAGAAGCCAUCUACAAGUAUAUCAGUAUUCAGAAGAAGUGGGAGAUUCUGGCAGAAUGCUUUGGCCUGAAUGCCGAAGAAACAGAACUGUUCCGGUCCUUGAUGAAAGCCUCUGAGCUUCCAGGGAAGACUUUCCUUUUGGUGUACAUGCACUCAUCCUCUUGUAGGCUCCAAGAUCUGCUUCGGGCUCUGACCCGCAUGGCUGAGAUAGAGUCCAAUGAUCGUGUCUACGAACUGAUACAGGACCUGUGGACAGAAGCGUACAACAAAAAUAACAACAGAAGAAGUACAUAGUUGAAUGUGACGAUAGAAACUUUGUGAAAUCAGCAACCAGAGAGGGGGAAAUCUUGUAUGUGUGUAUUUGUGUGAGGGAGAUGAUUUGCCCAGGAGUGUGUGAAAUGAAAGACAGAGAUAGAGAGAAACAGCACCAAAGGGAGAAAAUGGGAAAAAGAGAGGGAAGGUCUGCAUAAAUUUGUGACAUUAGGCUAGGUGCACACUGGGAAUCUUUAACUAGGCGUCAGUUGUAGUCUUCUGUUCGCGCCUCGUCUCAGUUUGUUGGGUAACACAAAAGUUUUGAGCAACAGUUGCCGGCAAGUUGCGACAAAACACAAACUUUCAGUCGCCAAAAAUGGGAGCUGCCUGUGCAUGCUGUGCUUCUUUAUUUCAUCGUUUACACUUGGGUGACAAAACUGAACUAAUACAGGACUUAUGAUCAUCAGAAACAUACACAAAUAAUGACAGUAACAAUCAGUGAUUGAAGGGAAUAGAGAUGGUGAUGGAUAUUAGAGAUAAUGUUCACCUUCAAUAACUAGGAUGUAUUCCAGGGGGAAGACUCCCACGUGCUCACUCAUGGCUGAGAUAGAGGCCAAUGAUCAUGUCUAUGAGCCGAUGCAGGACCUGUGGACGGAAGCAUGCAAGAAAAAUGUUUGUAAAAUUAUAGCUUGCUUGCGAGACAAUUCGAUUUGUCAUUUUGCAAUUUUGAAUGUUGGGUCACUGGUAAAUUAUUUUAUGUCACAAAUUAAUAGCCAACAACUGUUUCUGUAUAAUUAAUCAGUUUAUAUUAGAAUUUGUUUUUAUGAGGCGUGACCCUCACUCUUUUUUCCUAUACUAUAAUGUUAUGGCUAUCCUGUGAUUACUACAAUGUGCAUACUGUUUUUAAUGAAGCUUCAAAGAUUACAUAGUAUUCUGACAGUAUUGUACCUUUUUUUUUUCUUUAACAUUUUCUGUGCUGACUUUUUUGGAAAAUGCAAGUGACCUGUUUUUUUUCCCUGGUCUCAGGCAUUAUCCAGGCUGUGUUCACUGUGAUUUAGACACUGAAUGUGGAAGAAGAGGUCUAUACUGAGCUAACCACCAGUGGUCACAAACUAUUUGCAGUAGAAAGAUAUUAAUGCAGCAAUACACUUCUACCAUUCUUUUUUUUUUCCGCUGUAUUUUGAAAGAAAGGAAGUCUUCUGUUCUAUGAUCUUCAAAAUAUGUAUAAUAUUAUGAGUGUUUAGAAAAACUUACAUUACUUUUUGUUGUGGCUUCUCACAUUGAUACAGACAACAAAAAGUCAGCGUAAGAAACAUAUAUGGUGAGCUGUAAUCCAAUCUGAAGAGAAUUUCUUAGUGCUUCUGACCUGAAAAAUGUUUACUUUGAUCUAAAGCUGUGCAUGUUACGUUAUGAAAAAAAAAUA